CAUUUAACCUUCUGUUUAUUCAUGUAAAGAACCUGUAUGUAUGAAGAACUUAUAUGUUUCCAUCUUGUUCAUCUUCAAUCUGACCUCUGAUUAAAUGUGACAAAAUUUCUCUUUUGUUGGCUUGCUUGUUACCUAGCAGCAAGAUUUUUACCCGUUGGCUUGCUUGUUACCUGACAGCAAGAUUUUUACCUGUUGGCUUGCUUGUUAUCUGGCGGCAAGAAUUUUAACUAUCACCUCCUCAUCAUCUAUCUUUCAAUUGGUGAUUAGAAUUCAAUGUUUUGGUACAUCCAGUAGGAAGGGAUGUUUAUUUCUCAGAAAUAUUAAUCGACUGGAGUUUGGUGAACAUUGACAUUUUAAAAGAUGAGAGAAAACAAAGCAAGAAAAAAACCUGGUGAUGCAGCUGUUGUGCAUUUGAACUUAAAUUGUUACAUUGCAUGCUAAGUGUUCUCAUUUUAGUGAAGAGAUGAUUAGGAAAGUCUAAAUAAUUUAAACUAUGUCAGUUGAGAAUUGUUGCAUGUGUGAGGCAACAUAGUUUUGGCUAUUGGAAUAUGAGGGUAGAUCUUCAGCCACUAAUGUUGAACUGAACAUCAAGUUUGUUGUAGGACACUCUUAAAUAUUUUAGAGUUGAUGAAAGCUCGGGGAAAAUAAAUAUAAUUUGAUUUAUUUUAGUAGCUGUAUGGUUUUUGACUAUUGUUAUUGCUUAAUGAUAAUCAUUUCUUUACCCUCUGCAUCUCAAAUAAAUUCCUUAUAAUUAUUGUUGUUCUCUAUCUUCUCCUUAACAGGUGCACUUGACUGAGAGAGAAAGGCAGAAACUGCAGGUGUGGUCUCGAAUUAUGCCUUACAGAGAGUCCUUCGCCUGGGCUAUUGUCCAUAAACCUGUGAAAGGUGUUUUAAGACUGGAAAUUGAGAAGCACCAGACAUCUAAUGCAGAGCUGGAAAAUAUUUCAGAAAGUGCCAGCAUGACCAAUGAAUCUAUGGACAUAGGGGAUCAAGUUACUGAUGCAAUGUUCAUUAAGAGCUCCAACAAUCGUUCUGAUGGGCCUCAGAAUAGCAAUUCCAAGUGGAUUCCUAGUGAUGAGAAAAAUGCAUCUAGAAAUGGAAACACUCCUGGAAAUCCGGAUCUCAAUGUUGGUGAUGUAAGCAGAAUGCCUUUCUUGCGUUUGUAUUUUCUUUUUAUAUUUUUGUUGCAUUUCAGUUGCUUAUUUGCAUGGCUGAUAGGAAACAACCAGGGAAUUUUUCUUGUGUUUUGUAAAUAUGGUUUGCCUAUUUCUUGAUUCAAUUUUGAAUGAAUAAAUGCCUCAAUUGGCUUGGAGCAAAUUUAUCUAUCUAGCAUUGUAAUGCUGGCUAUAACCUUAGCACCGUAAGAUAUAUUAAGUCCAUGGACCAGAGAAUGAGUAAUUGAGGUGAGAGGUUUACAACAUGCAUCAUGGAAGCUGUUUGAGUUUUAUAAAUCAGUGUUAUUCUC